UAAAAACAAAAGUUUUUUGGUCGCAGAUUCAUAAUGAAAAUUGUGAUUUAUUUUUAAUAAAGAUAAUAUGAUGAUUUCGUGAUAAUUUAACAACCGAUUUUGUGUUCGGUACGAGAACAUUGCAAAAUGUGGAUUCCUACGAAAUCUCCGAAAUUGGCUGUCGCUGUUUAUAACUGGAAGGGUGAUGUUCGUUCGGGGUUGCCGCUCGAGAUCGGAGAAACAGUACAAAUAUUGGAAGAGCAUGGAGCUUGGUUUCGUGGCUUCAGCACAAAAAAUAGAUCAACUUGGGGUAUAUUUCCGGCAUGUGUUGUUUCUAUUCGACCAUGCACCGAAAAAGGAAGUGGUGCUUCAGCGAUCGCGGAAUUCAAGGAUGAUCCUCUGGUCCGUGAAAUCGCAUGUGUAUUAAGAGAAUGGGCUCGACUUUGGAAAAAGUUGUAUGUGGAAAGGGAAACAUACAGAUUUAGUGCGGUGGCGAAGGUGAUGCAUGAACUCCUGAGUGGUCGACGGGCUCUCCUCGCCGGUACCUUGACUCAAGAUCAGACGAGAGCCUUGCGACUGAAGCUAGUCACUAAGCUAGACUGGGGUAACAGAAAGCUCGGUCUCGAGCUGGUGCCUCGUCGCGGCGCUGAAGCCGUUGACCCGGAGAACAUAAGCUUAGUCGAGCUUUAUAGAGUACACGCGGAGAGUGCGGAACGAGCUGCAGCAUGGCGCGGCACAUUGCGACGCGCUGGCGGUUCAGGAAGCAGUUUCAAUUCCGGCACACUCACAAACAAUUCAAAUAUAACAGCUACCUUAGUCCAAUCACACUACCUAAUAUGCAGUAUGCGCGACUUUGGACAUACCGCUGGGGGUGAUGAGGCUGAAUUAUUGUUGUGGCUCCACGACGCGAGAAGAGCUCAGCCCCUGUCAGAAAGGUUUAGAGUGCGGAUAGCGAGAGAUGGGUUUUCCAACUACGUAGACAGGCUGCACGCUAAUAGCACACUUUUUGCAGAUCUUUCUAGUACUGACCUAUCUCGGGAACUGUGGCUCGUGGCGUGGGUUAUCCGUGUGGGGCGAUGGGCGGGCGCGGGCGGUAGUGGAACGGGUGAAAGACGAGGCCCGGUGGCUAGAAGACCCCUCGGGGCCGGGGUAUUACCGCUGUCCGAAUUCCUCAGGCAGUCUGAACCGCAAACUACCGAGAAAGAGUACACCUUUAAGGUGUAUCAAUGUGAAGAGAAGGACUUCCACCAGUUACAUGAUAUGCUCAUUCGAAAGCAGACUAACAAGUGCAAUAUCUUACCUGGUCAACCAAAUUAUGGUAUAGUUGUAGCUCUUAGACUAAUAACAAACCCAGGCAGUAUAUCAGAAGCGGUCGCAUCCGGUGCAACGGUGACAGCUAAACGGGGAUUCCCUGACGUGAUAAUGCCGGGCGAUGUACGAAAUGACCUAUACCUCACAUUGGAGAGAGCGGAGUUUGAGAGAGGCGGUAAAAGUACGGCGAAGAAUGUCCUGGCCACUGUCAGUGUACACGACAGUACAGGACAAGUUAUCAACGAUUGCGUGUGGGGUGCUAGCGGCGUCGGUGCCACAUCCUAUGAGUCACUGGUACUGUAUCACAACAACGGGCCCGCGUGGGGGGAGCAGCUGCGGCUCACGGUGCCGCUGGAGACCUUCACACACGCUCACGUGCGCAUCGAGUACAGGCACUGCUCCACGCGCGACAAGAACGAGCGCAAGCUGUUCGGCUUCUCGUUCGCGCGCCUCAUGGAGGCGAGCGGCGCCACGCUGCGGGACGGCGCGCACGACCUCUACGUCUACAAGUGCGACGACCCCUCCAAGUUACUUUCAGGCAGUUAUCUAUCCCUACCUUCCUGUGCUAAUGACACCGCUCGAUCACCAGCAACGAACGGUGUGCUCGCGACAUUCCAACGGAGUACAAAAGAAAACUGUAUUAUUAGCACUUUACUUUGUUCCACGAAGUUGACGCAAAAUGAGGACUUACUAGCGUUGUUACAAUGGCGCGCGAGACCAGAAAAGGUACAAGAAACAUUACUACGUGUCUUACGACUGGGAGACGGUUUGAGCUGCGAGGAACUAAUAAAGUUCCUAAGAGACGUCUUAGAUGCUUUAUUUGCUUUGUUCUCCACUGAGGAUGGUAAUAGCACACCGCAUUCGGGCACAGUCUUCCUCGUGCUGGUGUCAAUCUGCAGUUUGCUUGAUGAAACUCGGUUCCAACACUUCCGACCCGUUCUGGACGUUUAUAUAGAGGAGCAUUUUUCAGCCGCUCUCGUUUACAAGGGGCUGCUGUCGUCGGUGCAGCACUGCGCGGAGUGGGCGGCGGGCGCGGAGGGGCAGGAGCCGAUCCGCAAGUGCCUGCGCUCGCUGGGCGCCGUGUUCCGGCUGGCGGUGCGCUCGCGCUGCCUGUUCGCGCGCGCCACGGGCGGCCAGUACGAGGACAGCUUCCGCCGCGACGUGCGCGCCGCGCUGCACGCGCUCAAGGCGCUCGCGCAGCACCCGCACCGCGACCACCUGGCGCCCGCGCAGAUCGCUCUUAUGACAUCGUGGGCGAGUGUAGCGAAGGAAGUCGCUUCAGCCCUAGGACCUGUCGAGGCCGGACGCAUCACUGCGGCCAUGUUGGACGCUCCCGCGGCAAAUGCCCCCCCAGCUCUAGCCAAGGCCCGACUUUCAGCUGCACAGGACAUACUGAAAGGGCCACUUGGACAAGAUCCCGAGGCACGCAACAUCGUAUUGACAACCGCCUGUCAUCACCUACGCGUACAUCUCGCAAGACGUGACGAAUUAUCUCAAUGUGCUAAUAUGCUUGGAGAAUUAGUCACUUUACUGUGGAAGAAGGAAGAUCCCGAUCAACCAGUAGACGAGGACGAAUUAGACCCAGACGUGGACGUAUUGUGCUUGAACACUUUGGAUGUGUUAGUGGAGACAGUGCUACACUUGAUUGGUGGCAAUUCUCCUGUAUUGGGUCCGAUGGUAGCCGGGUUGCUGGGCGUGAUGGAGUUACUGAAGCCAGCGCACUACCAACGUCUGUGGAGUCACCUAGCGCCUCACCCACACGACCGAAAACCGCUUAAAGACUUUCUUAUGCGAGCUUUUCUGGUCUUCAGACAUCUGAUCGAGCAAGAUGUGUUUCCAUCUGACUGGAUGGUACUACGAGUGCAGAGCUGCAAAGUAUUGCUGUCCGCUUUACAAGAUUUGGCCAAGCCGCUACUGGAGAGAUUUUUAGGAGACGAACCACCACAGUUUGAUUCUCAGCUGUGGUCGGGCUACCUGGAGCUGGGCGUGUCGCUGGUGACGGCGAGCGCGCUGCAGGCCGAGCAGUGGGCGCGCGGCCCGCAGCGAGCCGCCAUGCGGGCCGCCGCCGCGCUGCAUCUGCUCGCCGUCUGGACCAGGCUCGGGUCGGCGCAGCUGCAGCUGAUCGGGCCGGCGGUGGGCGCGCUGCUGGAGGUGACGCUGGUGGGCUCGCUGCGGCGCGCGGCGCUGGGCGCGCUGGUGGCGCUCAUGGCGGCCGAGCGCGCCGCCACGGGCUCCGCGCGCCGCACCGAGGCCGCGCUCGUCGACAAGCUCGACUCGCUCGUCGCCGACAACAAGGCCGACGACCACUACCGCCGCCUCUUCGACACUGUGGAGCACUUGAGUUCUGUGCUGAUGGAGCGCGUGUCGACGGAGGGCUGGCGCGAGGCGGGCGCGGCCUUCGUGGGCUGCGUGACGCGCCUGCUGGAGCGCCUGCUGGACUACCGCGCCGUCAUGCAGGGCGCCGAGCACCGCGACAAGCGCAUGGCCGCCACCGUCAACCUGCUCAACUUCUACAAAAACGAAAUAGACCGCAAAGAAAUGUAUUUGCGCUACGUUUACAAACUUCACGAUCUACACAUAGCUUCAGACAACUGGGUUGAAGCUGGUUGUACGCUAUUGCUUUAUGCGGAAACAUUGAAUUGGGACAGUGAUCAAAUAGGCGUAGACUCGGAACAUCCUGAAACACCCGAGUGGAAACGUAAAGAGGCGUUGUAUAACCAAGUUCUGCAAUAUUUCGAUCGAGGAAAGUGCUGGGAAAAAGGCCUGCCGCUGCUGCGGGAGCUGGCCACGCUGUACGAGUCUCGGCUGUGCGACUACGCGCGCCUGGCGCACUGCCUGCGCACGCACGCCACGUUCCUCGACUGCGUGCUCGACCAGCUCCGACCCGAGCCCGAGUACUUCCGCGUCGGCUUCUAUGGGAAGGGCUGUCCCUUAUUCGUUCGGAAUAAGCAGUUCGUAUAUCGUGGGCUUGACUACGAGCGUAUCGGUGCAUUCACUCAACGUCUGCAGUCCGAGUACGUGUCCGCGCAUAUUCUUAUGCGGAAUACGCCACCGGAUGAUUCGGUCAUAGCAUCCGACGGUCAAUAUAUCCAGAUCUGCAACGUGAAGCCGGUGUCGUCGCGGCGCUCGUGGCCGGGCGGCGCGCCCGAGCCCGUCAAGCGCUUCUACGCCUGCAACGACGUCGACACCUUCCUGUGCGACCGCCCGCUGCACAAGCCGCCCAUCGACAAGGACAACGAGUUCAAGAGUUUAUGGAUCGAACGUACAACACUCGUGACGGAAAACACACUUCCUGGGAUACUGAGGUGGUCUGAAGUCAUAUCUCGGUCUGUCGAAGAAAUACCUCCAGUCGAAUUCGCAUGCGAAACAAUGGAGGCAACGGAACGUGAACUGCGUAGCCUUAUAUCCCAAUACACGGCGGAUCCCACUCAGAACAUCAAUCCGUUCUCAAUGAGGCUACAAGGCACUAUCGACGCGAACGUACAAGGCGGCAUCACAAAGUACGAACAAGCCUUCCUCACCGCGGAGUUCAGUAGAAAUGCCUCCACGCGGGAGGCGGCCGCCGCGGCUAAGUUGAGGAGGCUGAUUUCUUCGCAGCUUGCUGUCGUUGAAGCGGGACUCACUUUACAUGGUCGAUUAGCACCCGAGGAAGUCAAACCUUUACAUAGGCGAUUAGUAGAGCGGUUCACACAAUUGAGACAGAACUUAGGACCGGGAUUGGCACGUGCUCGAAGACAACUAUCGGAAAGUAUAGUAAACACGCCAUUGCCGCCCGUGCCAGCUUUGGAUAAAAGGUCGCAUAGUAUUCAACAAAAUGACAGCUAUUAUGAAGAUGGACAUCUCUAUAACAAACCGAUUUAUUCCCUUGAAGAUUCAGCCGAUCAGCAGAGUGGUAUAAUGUCAAACAGUCUGCCAGUGACUGACAAUAGAGAUAAUAGAGAUUGUAACGACGAUAAUUCCAUGGUCAAAUCGGCACCACCUUUGCCGUCUAGACCUAAAUCGGGAGAUCCAAGAAGCCCUACUAGACCACCCUUAGAAAAAUAUAGAGAUGUCGUAGACGAGGAGGUCGAGACUCGUCGCCACAGCCGCACGUCGUGGAGUGAGCCCGGGGACGCUCCGCCCUUGCCGCCAAGGGUAUCUGGCGACAAGCGGUCGUGGGGCGAGGCGCCGGCGGUGCCGCGGCGCGCGCGCUGCUCGGAGGAGCGCGACUCGGGCGUCAGCGUCGACCACCUGUACACCAACGCGCCCGAGCGACACGAGCGCCACGAGCGACACGAACACGACAUCGACAUAAUUGAAUCGCUUCGUUAUGAAGAAAUAAUCUCAAUGAUGUCUGAACCCUUACACGUCGACGAGGGCGAGACUCCGCCCCCUAUUCCACCGAAGGGCCUUGGACAUCUCAGCAGCUUCGAUUCAGGACACCACGAGAACGGCGAGUCGCAUUGCUAACAAUUACCACCAAGGCGUUAUUUCAGAGACGAUUGGAUUAAGGGCACACUGACACAAUACUUUGUAUUAGACUUUUGAGUUUGUUAGUAUGUGAUGAUCAGGAUGAUGUCAUCUUGUUUACAUGUAUCGUAAAAGAGCAAGACAAAAUGAUUAAUUCAACUAGUUGACGACAUACUUAAUAAUCAAAUAUUAUACACGAAAAAAUUACUAAGAUAUUUAAUUGCAGUUAUUCGGUAGUCGGCAUUCGUCUAGUUGUUUACAUAGUGUCCUUACAAAUCUGUCUUUUUACAAAAAAAAACCUUUUUUAAAGAAUACCUUACAUAAAGCUUAAGUAAGCUAUGUAGAGUUCUAUAAACCAUGAGAAACGUAAAAUCCAAUUUCAGAUUUGUACAUCUUAGUAUCUUAGAUCUAAUGUGUGUCCUUAUUUAUCCAGGGUAAUCUGAAAUAAUAAAUUUUCAAAAAUAUGUUUUAAAUGACAUGAUUAAUUCAAAGUAUGAUCGUUGUAUAUUUGACAUGAGCACUUUGAAAGAGUUAAAAAGUAGGAAGAAUUAUUAAUAAUUAAUAUUGUUAUAGUGUCAAAUCAAGUAGAUAUCUGACAAAUAAUUUCAAUAAAAAGCCAGUUAUCGAUGCCAAUGCAAUUUCAGAUGUUAUAAAUAUGUUAUAAAGUGAUUUUAACUAAGAAUAAGGAGUCCAUGCUACAUAUUUUAACGAAAAUUAUCGUCGUUACUAGAUGUUCAUAAAUGUCAGUGUUAACAAUGACCAAAAUAAUUAUAAAAUUCAUUGAAAAACAUAAAUCUAAAAAAUAAUACUUUUUUUUUAAUUUUUAAUUAUUUGUACAGAGAGAAUUGCUAAAGGGUUGUUUCAGUGUGCCAUAUACCGAAAAUAUUUUUAUUUACAAUUCAACACUUGUGUAUUUUAUUAUUAGUUUCAAUUAAAAACGAAUAAUUUAUUAUUAUUAAGUACACGAAAGUACGAGAAUAUAAUCUAUAUUUUUAUAGCGAUAGAUAUUUUAUGUUAGAAGUGUAAUGUGCAUGUAUAAUCUUACAAACAUAAUAUUUUUACAUUAACAAAAAAUAGACGUAUUUAGACUUGUGCUUAACAUUUGGUGAACUAUAAUGGAAUGUUGUAUCUAUUGCAUUUAAUUGCUAAGAAAAUAUAGUAAAUGCAUGAUGAAAAAGAUCGUACAAUAAACUUGCGCCUGUUUAAUGCUUAUAGCAAUAUUACCUUGUGAUAAAUUGCUGCUAACAUUUAUAAGGCGUUACAAUUCAUUAAAUAGUUUUGAAGAUGUUUAAAGAGUCUGAAGCUUUUUUCAUAUAGAUAUGCAUAUCAUUUUUAGGAAUAAGUGUAUCAUUAGCUUAAUGUUAUCGAAUGGACGUUGAAAUAGUUAUUCAAUCAUUUAAUUUUUCAUUGGGGCCAUAUGACAGUUGAUAGAUAAUUUGUUUUAAUUCUUGUAGUGAGCAGGUCACGUUAUCUCAUAAUAGCUAAAGGAACGCUGUCAAGCUUUUCAUUGUUCACGUUUACGUGUGAAUUUGAUGUUUUUAAUUACAUUUCUAUUGUUGAGGAGCUAUUGUUAAGCUUCAUAGUAAUUUUCUUUUAUUAACCAAAUAUAUUGAUAUUUUAGUUUAUUAAAAUUUAAUUAAGUACAUGCUAGUGGUGAUAAUUAUGUGUCAAAGUAAAUGGAUUAUUUAUUUAUUUUCUUAAAAACUGAUUAGUAUUUCUUUUUAAAUUUAUUUUGCAUUUUCGAUGAACUAAAGUUUUUUUUUAUUAUCAAUACAAUUCAAUUUAUCAAAGUAUGCAUGAAAUCGUCGUUAUUAUUAAGAUCAUUUAAUAGUAUUAAUUUUUAGUAAUUAAUUUAUUAAAUUUAUUUUCAAUUCAUUUAUUAUCAAUUUAAGUAAAAAUAUAUUAAUUGUAUUUUUUUAUCGACAGAAGCUUUUUGGC